GUGCAUGAUGGCACAGGCCAGAGGAAAGUGUAACCCUAUGCUGUUGUGACAUCAGCAGAGCAGCUUGAAUGGCAGGCUUGUCAAACCGGUGUUGGAGCCUGCAGCAGUGCCUCAGUUCACAUUACCAGCAUUUACUCACCUGUGCGGCUGCGUUCUGUUACCUUGUCCUCAUUAUCACUUUUACCAGCAAUAAACUCUAAUUUUCUUCCCCUUUUUUUAAACCUCAAACUUUGCACAUGGGAACAAGGAGCAACCAAACCUAAAACGGUGGAAGAAGAGGAACAAUUAAAAGUGGGGGAGUAAAACAAUUUCUGGCAAAACAAGAAAAAUUAUUUAAAAAAAGGUGAAAUGGAAACAAAUGGGAUCGAAAAGAAAGCGACAGGUAUGGAGGGAGAUCCGGACCUCCAGUUCCUCCUGACUGGUGGAGACCUCCUCAAGGUCCGGUCCCAGUCCUGGAAGAAGACCCGAUUMCUAAAACUGCAGGAUGACUGCAAGACCUUAUGGCGUCAAUCCAAGAAGCCUUUCAAGUCCAGCCAGACAUUUCCAGUUACCAGCAUCUCAUCGGUGCAAAUUGGUCGUCAGACGGAGGGUUUCAAGAAGAACACAGAGGAGCAGGUGGAGGGCCGCUGCUUCACCAUCAUGUUUAAGGGCCGCCACAAGAACCUGGACUUGAUGGCCAGCUCUGAGGAGGAGGCCGGGCAGUGGGUCCGAAGCCUGCAGAAACUCAUCUCCAGCAUAAACAACCAGAGCAGGCAGCAGACCACAGAGCACUGGAUCUUCAGCUGCUUGAGGAAAGCAGACAAAAACAAAGAUGAUAAGCUGUCUCAGUCAGAGAUGAAGAACUUCCUGCGGAUGAUCAACAUGGAACUGGAUGAUGAAUACGCUGAAAUGAUUUUCAAGAAAUGUGACACGUCAAACUCAGGAUACCUGGCUGGGAAAGAGAUUGAACAUUUUUACAAUCUGCUGACCCAACGUGAGGAAAUCGACGUCAUCUAUGGGGCGUACGCUAAGACCACGGGCUUCAUGAGUGCCCAGAAUCUGGUGGACUUCCUGAUGAAGGAGCAGAAAGAGAAAGCCUCUCUGGCUGAUGCAGAAAGGAUCAUUGAGAAGUUUGAACUAGAUGAACACGCCAAGGAAAAAAAGCUGCUCAGCAAAGAUGGCUUCCUCAUGUACCUGCACAACCCAGAGGCCAUGAUUCUCAAUCCUGAGCACGCAGAGGUGUACCAGGACAUGCACCAGCCUCUCAACCACUACUUCAUCUCCUCCUCGCACAACACCUACCUCAUGGAAGACCAGCUGAAAGGGCCCAGCAGCACACAGGCUUACGUCAGAGCUCUGCUGAAGGGCUGCCGCUGCGUGGAGCUGGACUGCUGGGACGGGUCAGACAACGAACCAGUGAUCUACCACGGUUACACCCUGACCUCAAAGAUCCCUUUCAAAGAUGUGAUCCAAGCCAUCAAGGAGAAUGCCUUUAAGAUAUCUGAUUAUCCAGUUAUCCUCUCCUUGGAGAACCACUGCAGCGUGGAGCAGCAGGUAGUCAUGUCUCAACACUUGAGCACCAUCCUGGGCAGCGCGCUCGUCACCACUCCCCUGGGCGACGGCAUGCCCAAAAACUUCCCCUCUCCUGAGGAACUGAAGGGAAAGUUUCUCAUCAAAGGAAAGCGACUAAACAAACUGGAGGUGAGCCUUCCUGACCAGGCAGCAGCUGAUGACAACACUGAUGUGACUGAGGAGGAGGAGUCAAAUGAAGAAGAUGAGCAGGAAGAGAAGAAGAAGAACAAGAAAAAGCUGAAACUAGCCAAAGAGCUGUCCGACAUGGUGAUCUACUGUAAGAGCGUCCACUUUCAAAGCUUUGAGGACGCAAGGACAAAACAGAGCUUUUAUGAGAUGUCAUCCUUUAAGGAGGGGAAGGCCAUCAGUCUUGCAGAAGAGUCGGCAAACGCCUACAUCCGCCAUAACGUGGAGAAACUGAGCCGCGUUUAUCCUGCAGGCUCGAGAACCGACUCCUCGAACUAUAACCCAGUAACCCUGUGGAACGCCGGCUGCCAAAUAGUUGCCUUGAACUUCCAAACAGACUCCAAAGAAAUGGACGUGAACCAGGGCAGAUUCCUGGUCAAUGGCAAGAGCGGGUAUGUACUCAAACCGGCCUACAUGAGGGACAGCACCACUGAGUUCGACCCAAUCACCCUGACCCGAGGAGAGUGGCUGAAGCACAAGACGCUGCACAUCAUGGUUAUAUCAGCUCAGCAGCUGCCUAAAGUGAACAAGAAGAAAUCUGCCAUCGUGGACCCGUUGGUUAAAGUGCAGAUCUUUGGCGUUCCAGCUGAUGUUGCAAAGAAAGAGACCAAUGCUGUUGAAAACAACGGUUUCAACCCAGCCUGGAAUGAGAACUUCCUGUUUGACGUGUACGUGCCAGAUCUGGCGCUCGUUCGCUUCGUCAURGAGGACUACGACUCUACGUCUGAUAACGAGUUUGUCGGACAGUACACACUUCCUUUCAACAGCCUAAAAAUGGGAUACAGACACUUGCCUCUGUUCAAUAAAACUGGAGACCUCCUCCACUCAGCUGGACUCUUUAUUCACGUCAUGGUCCUCGACGGAGAAUGAGACAACGGGGAACGUCGCUCACACAGCCAUCUUUACUUUCCUUUAUGUACUCUUUAAGAAUAACUUAUUAGCUUUAUCCCAGUAGUUGAUGUGACUCCAGCAGAGAUGUGAUAAUCUUGUCUGUCAGGGGACAGAUUGGUCUCUAAUUACAUUGCAGGAACGAUUCUACACUGUCCCUAAUUUUUGGUCAGAGUAACGUUUUUGCUUUUUUUGUUCAAAUCAUUUGAUUUAGAAAGAAAAAAUCAAUACAAAAGCAAUGUGCCAUGUUUUAUUUACUCAUUUUAGCAUUGAUAAUAUGUUUCUGUAGCCUUAGACUUUUAUAAAACAAAAGUAAUACACUCAACAAAAACA